AUGAAUGAUACGCUCAUGAUCAAUGCUCCAGCCGAAAGCGUUGGCGUGGCUCAGCCAAAUGGCUGGAUGAACUAUGAUUUUUUCGUACAAUGGUUGCAGAUAUUCGUCAAAUACUCACACCCGACAAAAGAGAGCCCUGUGCUGCUCCUACUGGAUGGCCAUUGCAGCCACAAGACACUGACGGUUAUCAAUUUUUUUCGAGAAAACAACGUUCAUGUGAUGAGCUCACCACCACAUACCACCCACAAGCUCCAACCGCUGGACAGAACAUUCAUGAAUCCAUUCAAAGAUGCUUAUAACCAACGAUGCGACAUGUGGAUGAGAGCAAACGCCGGAUCUCGAAUAACCGACUACGAUAUUGCUGGUCUGGUCAAAUAA